UAGUUUCAUGUUUCAGUAGUUAGCCACCUUCUUCAGUCUAUUAGUAGCAGGGAGUAUUGAGUGUCCUUUGUACUUCCUGUUUCACUGCUGGCUGGACCUUGCCUGAGUCCGAACUUGUGCCGCUCGCUGCAAUUGUGCUAUCACUUGCUGCGCCGAUCCUAUGGUAAAAAUUCAUUCCAUGCAGUGCAUGCAGGGCAAGAUCAAUGGCUGGAGGGCCUAUAGACUUCUGGAAUGCGUGGGCGGUUCAGAUCCUGGUGCUGGCGAGCCUCACUCUGCAAGUCAUCCUGCUCUUGUUAGCCGGGAUACGUCGGCGUGAAACAUCUUGGCGACUCUUCAGGUUCAUCCUCUGGAUGGCAUACCAGCUGGCUGAUGCCACUGCAAUAUAUGCUCUUGGUCACCUCUCUUUCGACGGUGCCACACGUCGCGAGCAUCGUCUCGUCGCGUUUUGGGCACCGUUUCUCUUGCUGCACCUUGGCGGCCCGGACAACAUCACCGCCUACUCACUUGAGGACAACAGACUCUGGCUGCGACACCUGGUAACUCUUGGUAUGCAGGUUGCCGGAGCUGUCUACGUCCUCUACAAGCAUUACGUCGGCACUCAGGACAUGUUCGUGCUUGCUGUCAUCUUGAUGUUCAUCGUCGGUGUUCUCAAGUACGGAGAGAGGACAGCAGCACUGAAGGGCAGCAACAUGGACAGCAUCCGGAGCUCGCUUAAGAAGGAACCACGUGCCAAAUGCCAUUUUUACCUCGAUGAAAGACCCCCCAAAGGGGGAUUCAAGGGGAAGAUGGACGAAGAAGAAUUCCUCAUGCGGCAUGCUCACUCCCUGUUCCACAUCUGCAAGCACGCAGCUGUUGAUUCGUCGGGCAGCAUGGGUGAAGACAACCGUGAGAUCAAAGUACUUGAACAUCUCACAUAUGAACAGAGGUAUGUGUUGAUGGAGUUGGAGCUCUCCCUGAUGUAUGACAUCCUCUACACCAAGGCAGCUGUCGUCCACAAUUUAUUUGGUUACUGUGUCUGCAUAGUCUCACCUGCUGCCGCCGCCGCCUCGCUUUUGGUGUUCCAGUUCAGUGGCAAAGCUGGUCACAGCAGAGUGGAUGUUCUGAUCACCUACAUCUUACUGGGCAGUGCCUUACUCCUCGAGAUGAGAUCUCUGCUGAGUGCACUUGGGUCGAGUUGGACACUCCCAUUCCUGUGUGGCACAAGAUGGAGUUGGCUUCAACAUGAAGUUCUCUGCGGAGGGGGAUGGGAUCGGCUUCGUCGUAGGAUUGUAUCUCUUCACCGGCUCAUAAAGGUCAUGGGACUAAGCACAUGGUUGAGGCCGUCAAGGAGGUGGUCGGGCACUGUGGGGCAGUAUAACAUGUUGCAUUUCUGUACUCGUCCCAGCAAAAGGAACAGCCCUCUAGUGGGUAGAUUUGCCAAAAUGCUGGGGGCCCACUCGUGGACCGUCAAGUUUCCAGAGGAGCUGAAACAAAGGUUGAUGAUGUACAUACAGGAAUUGGUGAGCGAUGGGAAAGUGAGCACACAGGGCAUUAUCAGGGAGAAAUGGGGUGAGGAGGCACUCGACGAUUGUAAUCUGCAUGACGAUGUGCUUAAACCUCUAAAAAGAAAACUAGGCGUUGAGUUCCAAGAGGGCGUCAUUAUCUGGCACCUCGCCACCGACCUCUUUCUCCUUGGCGAGAAUCGGAAGAAAGCAACGGAAGAGACCAUGGAAGAAGAAGCAUUCUAUGAGGAGUCUGUCAGGGUGAUGUCCAAUUACAUGAUGUUCCUCCUGGUGGAGCGCCCCUACAUGUUACCGGGCCUUUCUCAGAGCAAAUUGUACCGACGAACCUGUGAGAAUCUGGUCAGCAUAUGGUCCCAAGAAGGCCAAGAGCACCCAGCUCCCAGCUACGGCGACUUGUUCCGCCUGUAUGAUGGCCCCAAUUCUCGCUCCCGCUCCAGUCUGCAGUAUAGAAAGAAGCUUGCCGAGAUAGUGCAAAAAGAGAAUCCAGAUAUCACCGAUGAAGUUCCCCGUGUCCGUUAUGCAAUCCUCGUUGCCCAAGAACUCGUCAAGAAUGAAAAUGACGAGAAAGUAAAGGGCACGUACAGCUCAUUGCAGGUGCUCUUCUAUGUGUGGAGGGAUUUCCUGGUCCACGCUGCUAAUAAGUGCAGCAGGGAGUCCCAUGCCGGGAAGCUCAGCAGUGGAGGUGAGCUCACGACCAUCCUGUGGCUUCUUACCGAGCACCUCCACCAACUGGUCAAGCAUAACCGAUAACUAAAGGCGGAAGAAGCAAAACAAGGCAUUUAGCUGGCACGAAUAUUAUCACUCUCGUCCAAUUAGGAUUCCUAUUGCAUUUAUCUCAGUAUAAUGAAGCUGUGAGUCUGUACCAAAUAGUGUCCUGUCUUGUUUAUGAAUCAACCUUGGUUUUAGUUGUAAGAAAAAUGACAUAGCUGUUCUUCCAUGUAUUUGCUUGCGUAAUUGUUUAAGCUUAUUACCAAGUAUCCAUGGAUAGGGCAGAAGAGUGUAACACUUCAUUGCCUGCAUAUUCAUAUCGUGCCCAGUAAAAUGCAAUCAUUCGAUGCAGAUCUGGAACAA